CCCCCCCUCGCCCCGCCCCCUCACCAGUAGCAGCAAUGGCGGAAUCUCUUGUCCGGGGCUCCUGAGGAAACGUCUCUCCCCUGAGGCGCCACUCUCAGCUCCCCGUUCCCCAACCUCCUCCUCCUCCUCCCCUCCUUCUCCUCCUCCUCCUCACUCGCUCCACCUCUUCGCUGCUCGGCGGAGUUUCGCUUCGCCCGAGGUGGAAGUCGAGCGAGCGAGAGACGCCCGCCCAUCCAGCUCGCCCGACUAGGCCGCAAGCCUCGGGCUUCGGCCUAGUUAGCGUCGGAAGGCUUGCGAGCUUGCUGACUUCACAAGCUGCAUCCUCAACAACAACAACAACCACCAACACCUUCCUGCAGCACCCCAGGUCACCACCCCGCCUGUCUCCCCGCCAUGCUGGACAGGGAUCCCGGGCCUCUCUACUCCCCCUCCUACAUGGAGCCAGACAUUGGACGUCACACGCCCUACCUCAUCCCUCCCGACUACCGCAUUUACGAGCUCAACAAGCGCCUUCAGUCACGCACAGAGGAGAGUGACAACGUGUGGUGGGAUGCGUUUGUCACGGAGUUCUUUGAGGACGACGCCACCCUCAGCGUCUCCUUCUGCCUGGAGGACGGACCCAAGAGAUACACGAUUGGGCGGACUCUCAUCCCGCGCUACUUCCGCGCGAUGUUUGAUGGGGGCGUGACGGACGUCCAGUUCGCUCUGCGUCACCCCAAGGAGGCCUUCCACGGCGCGGGAGUCAUCCUGGACUGUGAACACGCCACUCUGGUCGCCCAGCACGGCAAGCCCUUCUUCCCACAGGUGUACACCGAGGGUCGCCUGGUGCUGGAGUUUGCCUUUGAUGACUUGAUGCGUAUCCGCUCGUGGCAGUUCUCCAUCCGGCAACAUCGCGAGUUCAUCCCUCGCAGCGUCACCGCCAUCGCUUCCCAGGAGCCGCAGAAGUCCGAGCAGCUGACAAGGAAUAUCACGCGGAUGGGACUCACCAACUUCACUCUCAACUACCUCCGUCUGUGCGUGAUCCUGGAGCCGAUGCAAGAGCUCAUGGCCAGACACAAGACGUACAACCUGAGUCCACGUGACUGCCUCAAGACAUGCCUCUUCCAGAAGUGGCAGCGCAUGAUCGCUCCGCCAGUGGAACCCUCCAGGCCCCCAGCCAACAAGAAGCGGAAAGGGAAGCAUCAACAACAACAACAACAACAUCAACAACAUCAACAGCAGCAGCAGCAGCAGCAGCAGGGGGGGGGAGGGGGGGGGAGGGGGCCCUGCCGCGGGGGGGGGGGCCCAACGGGACGGCGCUCACCAGCGGCAAGAAGAAGCCCCCCCCCCACCAUAGGCGGCUUCAGCAUCACGGGACAGGUGCCGGACGUGAUGGUCGUGGGCGAGCCGAGCAUCAUGGGGGGCGAGUGUGGCGACGAGGACGAGAGGCUCAUCACCCGCCUUGAGAACAGCCAGCACGACACGGCCGGCCCCGUCGCCGCCUCCUCCGUCAACAGCAGCAACAACAACAGCGGCAACCCCGGCCCGCCUCUCCCUCCUCCCCCGCCGCCCGCCUCCUCCGGCGUGGCGGUGGUGGUCAUGGGCGGCGGUGGCGGCGGCACGCCGGGAUCGGCGGCCUCCGGCUCGUCCGCCUCCGUGUCGGGCUCCGUGUCGGGCGGAGCGGACGACGAUGACUACCCCAGCUCUCCCGCCCUCUCGGGAAGCCCCUGGGGCACAGGCAGUAGCGGCGGAGGAGGAGGAGGCGGUGGAGGAGGAGGAGGCGGAGGAGGAGGAGGCGGAGGAGGCGGAGGAGGAGGCGGAGGAGGAGGAGGAGGAGGCGGUAGCAAAGGGACAGCCGCGGAGGGCAGCAAAGCCAAGCACCAAGCGCAGCAGGGGCAGCACCAGCAUACGCAGCAGCAGGGCGACUAGGACGGGCGGCUGGUGGAGGCUACUCGUUCGUUAUGGUGAAGGAACGCGGUUUCGCUCUGGUGGAGGCUACUGGUUCCGGUGGAGGCUACUGGUUUGCUCUGGUAGAGGCUGCUGGUUCAUUCUGGUGGAGGCUACUGGUUCGUUAUGGUGAAGGCCGCGGUUUCGUUCUGGUGGAGGCUACUGGUUCCGGUGGAGGCUACUGGUUUGUUCUGGUAGAGGCUACUGGUUCCGGUGAAGGUUCCUGGUUCAUUCUGGUAGAGGCUACUGGUUUGCUCUGGUAGAGGGUGCUGGUAGAGGCUACUGGUUUGUUCUGGUAGAGGCUCCUUGUUCUGGUAGAGGCUACUGGUUCCGGUGAAGGCUACUGGUUUGCUCUGGUAGAGGCUACUGGUUCCGGUGAAGGUUCCUGGUUCGUUCUGGUAGAGGGUGCUGGUAGAGGCUACUGGUUCCGGUGAAGGUUCCUGGUUCGUUCUGGUAGAGGGUGCUGGUAGAGGCUACUGGUUCCGGUGAAGGUUCCUGGUUCGUUCUGGUAGAGGGUGCUGGUAGAGGCUACUGGUUCCGGUGAAGGUUACUGGUUCUUUCUGGUACAGGCUACUGGUUCGUUCUGGUAGAGGCUACUGGUUCCGGUGAAGGUUCCUGGUUCGUUCUGGUAGAGGGUGCUGGUAGAGGCUACUGGUUCCGGUGAAGGUUCCUGGUUCGUUCUGGUAGAGGGUGCUGGUAGAGGCUACUGGUUCCGGUGAAGGUUACUGGUUCGUUCUGGUACAGGCUA